ACGGACCGCUAAUUCGCUUGUGACCAUAAAGUAGAGAUGACGAAGGCUCUGUUUGUUGUAAGGCCAAACGUGGCGGCGCUGUGUAUCCGUCGAUUGAGCAGCUCCGUUCCGCCACGUGUGCCUGCCAUUGUGAAAUGCUACUCUAUUUCUGCCCCUUCUUACAGGUCGAUUAAGGUCCUUCCCCUUGUAGGUUCGAAGAUUGAGGCAUUUGCUGGUCACCGGAAUUUCAGUAUUCGAGCAAGUAGCGAUUCUGCCAAUAAUAGCUCAUUUGAUUCUCCUCUUAUGCAGUCUAUGCAAAAAAAGAUCAAGGAACAGUUGAAUGCGGAGACAGUCGUAGUUAAAGAUGCUUAUGGUGAUGGUCGGCAUGUCAGCAUUGAUGUAAUCUCUUCAGCUUUUGAGGGACAAUCUGCUGUGAAUAGGCAAAGGAUGGUCUACAAAGCCAUAUGGGAAGAACUUCAGAACACUGUGCAUGCAGUUGACCAGAUGACUACCAAAACACCAACCGAAGCAGCUGGGGGGAAGUGAUCGAGGCACAACUUAGGAGUAUCAAACGCCACCAGGGUCAACUACUUCAUUUUUCAAGUCGCAAAACUUUUCGAUUGAUAUCAUAUACAGUUUACUAUGAAAAAAGAGCACUUUUAAUGAUGUCAACAUUAAAGUCGCAUUACUUUACAUUGUUAGUUAGAGACGGGGCAUCGAAUUCCUGCCAUUUUGUAACAGCAGUUGGUUCAUUUUUUAAAUUUAGUUCUUCGCUA